AAUGUCAAUUAUUCGCGCCAAUUUCACUGUGACUGUAGAAGAAAGGAUCAAGCUCUUUAUCAAUUUUAAUUAAAAUUAAUCGAUUUUUUCAAUUUUUCUACACUGUUUCGCGUAGCAUACAACUUAUUUUCCAAGAUAUUCAAAAUGCCUGUUGAAGACGUGCGUCCCGUUCUGAAAUUUACGCGAUUGACUGAACAUGCUUUUGCGCCGCUCAAAGGCUCUGAAAAAGCUGCUGGUUUUGAUCUGAAAAGUGCAUAUGAUUACGUAGUUCCAGCACGGGGCAAGCUUCUCAUCAAAACUGAUUUGCAAAUUGAGCUGCCUCCAGGUUGUUAUGGUCGCGUCGCGCCUCGAUCUGGGUUAGCAUUGAAGAACUUUAUUGAUGUUGGUGCUGGUGUUAUUGAUGAAGAUUACCGUGGUAAUGUUGGUGUAGUUCUUUUCAAUCAUUCUGACCAAGAAUUUGUAGUGACAAAAGGAGAUCGAAUUGCUCAGCUGAUAUGUGAAAGAAUAUAUUAUUCUGAAUUGGAAGAAGUCUCCAAUUUGUCAGAAACCAAAAGAGCUGAUGGAGGAUUUGGUUCUACUGGAAAACAAUAAAUACACAAUUAGAUUGUUGUAAGUCAUCUGAUUAGUUGAUAAGCUUAUGGAUAAUAAUAUUUUUUACUUCAUAGUUUAUAUUCUAAACUCUCAACUUUAGAAUUAUGCUGAAAGUACACUAUGUGGGAAAUGAAACACAUAAUGACAAAGAAGAAACUGUCCAGUAUGUUUUUAUGUUGAUGCAGGUUGCCCAAUUUCGCACAUAGUGUACUCCCAGCAUAAGGUGUAACAAAUCCUACUUGGUACUAUGUGAACACCAAAGUAUUUCAGCUUCUAGAGAAAAAAAAAUGUUUUGUGAAUGUGAUGAAAAAAUUGGAAUUAGGUU